CAUGAUCGGUAUGUUGCUAUCUGCACUCCAUUGCAAUAUGAGACAAUCAUGCAUAAAGGAGCCUGCGUUCAGAUGGCAGCCAGUGCAUGGAUCACUGGUACCCUUUAUGCCAUACUGCACACCAGUGGCACUUUUGCCAUCACCUUUUGCUCCAAUAGGAUCAAUCAGUUCUUUUGUGAAGUUCCACAGGUACUGAAACUCUCAUGUUCGGAUUUAUAUCUAAUUGAAGUCGGACUUCUUAUAUUGAGUUGUACCAUAGGUGGAGGAUGUUUUAUCUUUAUCCUCAUUACCUACAUGCAGAUUUUUGCAACAGUACUCAGAAUGCCUUCUGUGCAGGGUAGGAAAAAAGCCCUCUCCACUUGCCUUCCCCACCUCACUGUGGUGUCUCUGUUUGUUUUCACUUCAGUGUUUGCUUACUCAAGGCCUCCUGCAAACACAUCCUCUGAUCUCAAUAUCCUUUUUGCUGUGAUCUAUGCUAUAUUACCUCCAUUGCUGAAUCCCUUCAUCUACAGCAUGAGAAACAAAGACAUCAAGACUGCAUUGUCAAAGCUCACGGAUUUUGGACAUUUUCCUCAAACCAGCUCCAGCCAAAUUCUUCUAGGAAAAUUGUGUUGA